AUGAGUAAAAUAUUUCAUGAAGUUGAGGAAAUGCUUCAAGAUAAACAAAAAGAUAUUGAUGCUUUAAUUUUAGUAAACAAUUUUUUAUCAACUGAAUUCAAUUACUACAAGACACAUUGGUUUUCAAAAUUAUUUGAUAAAACAUCUAACUGGUUAAAAGAUCUUAUUAUUGAUUUUGUUGACCAACAUACAUCUGAACCACUUAGACAAUUUACAAAAAUUUCUGUAGUUAGAGAAUAUUUAUUUAAUUUUUUUAAAAAAUUUGUUUCAUUAAGAACAACUUCAAUAGUAG